AUGUUCAUGCGUAGCGUUCCCUUCCGCGUGCUGCAUGCAGCACCCCGCCUGGUGCACCCCUGCGGGACAUUCGACCUUGAGGUGGGCCUGGGCCGCCUGCGCUUCCGCGCGUCGCAGCCCGUGGCGGUGAUGGGGACCAACGUCGAGCGUUUCGAGCAGCCUUUUCAGCAGAACCCGGGAGAGUGGACCUUGGCCGUCUCAGCGUGCUUCGGGCGCCUGUCCGAGAGCUUCGAGCGCCAAACGGAUGCCUUGCUCCGGCUACGCUUCCUGCGGCACUUCCUGGCACCCUGGAAGCGGCGGUUUCGGCCCAAGGGGCCGAAGGGGCCGAAGGGGCCGAAGGGGCCGAAGGGGCCGAAAGGCUUUGCACGCGGCCAGGUCGCGACAGUGGAGAACUUCCUCCAGCCAGAGGAACUGGAGCGUUUCCGGUCCUGGGAGGACAGAUGCGCAGCCAGUGUUGAGCGCAGCGACGAGAAGAACGCAGGCGAGCACUGUUUGGCCCGCGGCUGUGUGGCAUACUGCGGUCUCUGGCAGAUGACGCAGUCCGGCAGCGAAGAGGACAUGAGGCUUCUGAUGAAUGUGACGGCGCGGUCACUGGCGUUGGUGAAUGAAGCCCUGGAGUCACCGGACGUGACGGCUUAUGACUAUGUCGGGCGAGUGUGGCCUCACUGGGCCACCUUCCAACACUACCUGCCUGGAGGGAUGCACAUCCUCCACCCGGAUACAGACAAAGGUGAGCACUGCAUCUCCUUAGCUGUGUCCUUCUCCACGCACGGCGAUGACUUCGGGGGUGGAGAGAUCAAGAUCUUUGGCUGUCCACCAACAGUCCCAGACUGUGGCAACCGCGGCCGUGCGCGCACGCGCGUGCCCCUGGAGGGUGGACCUUAUGCCCGGCGCUGGCAAGAUGGCACUGUGCUGCCGCUGGCCCCCGGUGAGUGGCUUUGGGAUGGGGAGCCUGAGAGCGCCUACAUCGUCAAGGACACACUCCGCCCAAAGAGCGGCCGAGCUGUCGCCUGGCUCAGUGAGACGGUCCACCAGGCAGUUGACGUGCCGAAUGGUGUAAGCAGUGCAAGCGAUAUUGGGAUUUCUGGUUUUGAAGACCCUUGCAAGGAACCUGCCGCCUUGCCAUUUGGCUUAAGAAUUGGCAGCUCAGCCGAAAGGCCAACGGCUUUUUAUCGCCUGCGACUUUCGUGUCGAUUGCCUUUAUUAUGA